GAAUUCAACAUGGAGAUCAAAAAUAAUAUUUUUAUGUUUUACGAACAUAUAUAAAAUUGACAAUGAUUUGAAGGUUUUUGGACCGUUCUUUUAAAACAUAACUUAAAGAAAAAAUGAAAAGAAAGUUUUAAGAAUUUCAAAUGGAAUAUUUGGAUUUAUUGUAGUGAAAAAAAAAGAAUAUACUCAUAGAAAAUUGGAUUUAAUUAAAUUCUGACAAUGAAGUAUUACAAAAUGGAUUUGUGAAUGAAAAUUUAAACAAAUAAUUGCUCAGUCUUUACAUGUAACACUACAAAAGAAGAUUUACAGAUAAAAGUGUGAAAAAGACUGUUUGAAAAGGCAAUUGAUACUUUUGUAUAAUGUCUUUAAAUCUUACUGAUAGACUUUGACAGACAAAUAUUGGUAUUAUUGAGUGAUCAUAAAAAUUGUCUCGGGUAGAAAAGUCAAUAGUACGGAUAUAACCUGAGAUUUUAAAAUCCCAGGUAAACAUAGAACACUGCUAUGAAUAAAACUGCCAAUAAUCGAACAAACAGCAGCAAACAGACUGGUAGUCCUGGUAGAGACACUACAUAUAGUGCUCGUUACAAAGCCACAAGACGAGAUGCUCUACAGAGUGCUAAGGUUAGAUCUAAUGAAAAUGUCAGUGGAAAUGUUAUAGGUAGAGGAAGACCAUCUUCAUUUCCGAGUGAGAGUGCACUUCCAGAGUUAAAGAAAAGCCAAAACGUUCCAAGACUUAAAAAUACUUCUGCAAGACAAUCUAGAAAUGAUAAUCAACCAAGUAGAAAUUCUGAGAGAGGAAGUGUAACUAGUUACAAACCUAAAGUUUCGCCAGAGCCAUCCAGACGUGUGAUGAGUAACGAGAGUGUUAGACAGGAAACCAGAUCACCGUCAUUGAAUCAUACUAGUCAAUCAUAUCGGGAUGUAAGAGCUAUGGAAAAUGGAUAUUCCAACCAAUUACAUCCUCAAAAUGGCGACAAUAGAAAUAACAGGAAUGCAAGGUUUGAACAAAAUGAUAAUGUACACUCUAGAGGAAUUCCAAAUGGAGAUAUACCAAGAGACCAACAUAAUUAUCAAAGCUCAAAUAGGCAGUAUGAUUACAUGAAACCUUUUGUUGGGACAUACCCAGAAUCCAAUGUUGCACGUGGGUCAGGUCAAUCAAACAGGACUCAUAAUCAAAUUCCUGAGCAUGCCCAGAAUGAAGUGUAUGCUCAAAAAGCUUCUUUUUAUGAUCCAAGGGUAGGAAAUGGUGUUCAGCAGGAACCCAGUAUACAACAAGGUGCACAACACCAUGCAAAACAGGAAUACGGGGAAUAUUAUGAUCGCCGUGUCAUGCAACCUCCAGUUCAGAGGUCACCUAAGAAUAGACAGCAAGCUAGUCAAGAUACAUAUAGAACUAAUAAUUCAAAUUAUAGAAACAAUGAAAGAUCAAACCAAGGGAAUCCAAGUGAAAGGUCAAAUGACCGGCAGAAUAGUGAAACAGACAGAAGUCCUCCUAGUCCAAGAAAACGUCAGAAUCUUCAAUCGCAGUCUGAUCCUAAUCAAGAAAAAGUCCAAGUAAGAACAAAGGAUAAUAAAGUGCAAUAUGUCAUUCGGAAUCGAUCUAAAAUGUCCAACCCGGACGAUCCAAUACAAGAAACACAACGAAGUAAAAUUAGUCAAAACAAUGAAAGUGUUGUUAAAAAUCAUAAACCUGAGGUCAAACAGGAACCUAAAAUCAAUUCUAAAGGGUAUGACUUUCCUGAAGUUGCAGACGUUGAUGACUUCAGUAUGGAGGAUGUCGGUGAUGAGUAUGAAGGGAAUGAUGUUUAUUUGUGUUACCUUAAAACUGAUGCAGGAGAUGUUAUUGGUCCUUUACGAUUAGAUAUUGAGGAUGUACAAUUAGGGCUUCCCAAAUUCGAUCAGGAUAAACAGGAUCAAAAUCAGGAUAAAAAGGAUCAAAAUCAAGACUCAGGUAUGAGAAAUCGGCAAACAGGUUCACAUGGUCUGAAUGAAUUUUCUAGUCGUAGUCACAGUAUGUUAACGUUGACAGUGGACACGGAGCAGGUCGAUCCAGACGAUGAAAAUUUAUACCUGACGAAACGAGGAAAACUAACAUUUGUAGAUCUGGCUGGUAGUGAAAAAGUCAAAGAUUCUGGGUCUAGUGCUGAGAUGUUGAUAGAAUCCAAUAACAUCAAUAGGAGUUUACUGGUUCUAGGUAACUGUAUAUCUUCCUUAGGAGACCCAAAGAAACGUCAAGGCCAUAUACCCUAUAGAGACAGCAAACUAACAAAACUUCUAGCGGAUAGCUUAGGGGGAAAUGGUGUUACAUUAAUGAUUGCAUGUGUGACUCCGUCUGCUUACCAUGUACAUGAAACAACAAACACACUCCGAUACGCUAGCAGAGCAAAGAGAAUUAAAAGUAAACCAGUUAUCAAAAUGGAUCCUAGAGAAAAAUUAAUAUUAAGUUUGAAAAGAGAAAUUAAAAUUUUACGGAAUGAAAAUCAUUAUUUACGAGAACAAUUAGAAUUUCCUGCUAAACCCAAAGGUGAUUUACAAAAGAACAAUGACGAAAAAUUCAUGAAGAUGGUGAAAGAUAUGCAGUCAAAAGCUAGUCCUGGUGACAAAGAUCUGUAUGCCAUGUUACAAGAAUAUAUGAUAGAAAAUGAAGCAUUAAGAAAUGAGAAUUCUGAGUUACACAGAAAUAAAGAUCAGUUACACAGAGAUCAUCAGUCCUUGUCUAAACAUAAUGAAAGACUUCAAGUAGAUAUUGAAAAAUUGCAAAGAUCGGACAAGGGUCGGCAUAACAAUGGUGAACCAUAUAGAUCUCCUCAGAACAGCAGUAAACCUCCGUAUAACCCUCCUCCUCAACGUCUUCCUCCAAAUCCAAAUCAAGGUUAUGUGAGUCCUACUGCAGGACGAGGGAAGCCUCCACCAAGUCAUGGACAACCUAAAAGACCACCUCACCGCCUUUCUGAACCAUUGAUGAGACCAGCUCAACUACCUCCAGAACAUUUACAGAACGGCUAUGUGGAAGAAGGUUACAUGUCUCCAAGGGGACGACCUCCAAUACAAAAUGGUGGAAUGAGACAAGAAUCCCCAAUGAGGCUGACAGAUAGUCGUCGUUCUUCCCAAUCAUCUACAGCAGACACUAUAAAAAAUAUUAAUGAAAAAUUAAAACAAGAACUUUAUGACAUAGAGGGACAAAUCAACCACCAUCACCUUGUGAACGCUCGAACACGGUCAGUAUAUGGUUCACAGACAUCCAUGCAUUCUGUACACCGAUGACCACAACAGUGAUAUUAACCAAUCACAUUACAGCAAUCAUAAACUCGGUGUACUCAUGUGACUGGAUUUCAGUCAGUUGAUUGAUUGGAUAAUUCACUUAUCAUGUGAUAUAAUCCAAAGAAGUUCAUUGGAUGUAUUGAAUUAAUCAUGUGAUAAAAAGUGAAGAAAUGACUUAAUACUGAACUGGAUGUGCUAUGCAAAUUAUUCACAGAAGUAUACAGGAAAAAUUUGCAUAUUUUAUUGACGGUACUAAAUUUGCAUUUUAUACUUAUCUGAAAUAUGAUUGGAUAUUGUGCCAGCCAUGUGAUAUUUUUCGGAAACAUAUUUAUGGCUUGAACCAUGAGAUAAGAAUUCAGAAAUGGGUUGCCUGCCUGUGAGUUCUUAGUGCUUUGUUUAUAGCAAGAUUCAGUUUUAGUUUCUCAAACAAUGAGAACAGAAAGAUUGUAAUUGUGUGAAUGAUUGGAAGUCUUUAUAUUUUUAUUACUAUUCUGCUAUUUAUUUAAGUAAUUUUCAUUUGUCUGUUUACGAUUUUUAAGUAAACUAUGUUAAAUGUUUGACAUAAAAAAGUUAAAUUUGAAAGUCAGGCGCCUGUUUUUUAAUAAAACAUCAUACAUGUUAUGAAUGAUUAUAAGUUAUGGAAGUUUAUUGAACAUUUAUAACAUAUUUUAUACUCCAGAAAAAAUAGAGGUACUAUUGAAAUUUUUUUUUUAAUAUAGACCAUUUUGUGUCUGCAAAAAUAGUGUGUUCAUUCACGCAGUAUUAUAAGUGAAACAACCAAUUGAAAGCUAUAUUAAUAUUUGUAUAUUCUAACACAUUUCCUGGAUAGUUGUUAUCGUCUGUGGAAUUGAUAUAGAACCUUACAAUAAUUGACACUUAUCUUAAUUAACUAAAAAUUUUUAUUCCCUGUGGAAAGUCGGUGGUUCUUUUGUGGUACUUCUGCUUCCUCAGCAAAAAAUGCCAUGAUUUAGCCAAGAGUGCUGAGAGUGGCAUUAAAAACAGCAACAAACAAAACAUUAAUACUCCAAUUUGGAGUUUGUCUCCUAUUGAGGGAAAUUAAUAGUCUGUUUUUUUAGGAUUUUCUGCUUAUUAAAAACCAUAAAUUUAAUACCCAACUAAAUGCGUAUUUACCAAUAAUUUUUUUCAAACAAAGUUUGAUACAUUUAUAAAAAAUUCCAUCCACUAAUUAUUUAUCCACAAACUCAAAAAUUGAAAUCCAUCAACAUAUUAUCUGACAUUUUUUAUUUUCCUGUACCAUAAUAAUGUGUAUAGAUGAAGCAAGAUGGUGAAAUCUGCAUUUGUAAUUUUAGCAUUUCUAUCAUGUCUAUUGCCACAAGGGAAUGGAUUAAGACAUGUAAGAUGUAGGAACAUUUUUCAUUCAGUUCCUGCUAUAGUAGGUAUUGCAAUUUUUAUAUACAUUUAUAUAUAUUUUUAAUUUGACCUUUAAAAAAUAUUCUAUUGUUUUGUAUUUAAUUUGUUGAUGAGUGGGGAAAACUUCAUAUAACUGGAUACAUUUUUGCAUUGUAAUCUAUCUAUUAUGAAAUUGUGACCGUUUUAUAUAUUAAAAUGCCAUCCAGUUUACCUCUGCAGUGUCUGUUACAAGACUUGGUAUGCAAGGUCCUGUAAGCAUGGUUAACAUAUUUUUUUUUUAUUUCAUAAGUAUUUCAUUAAGGGUUUAUGAACAAGGGAUAGAAUUUAUGAAAUGUGUUAUGUAGGUGAUUUUAAUACUGCUACAAAUUCUGUGUUGAAAUAAAUCUUAUUGUCUGAUUAUGAACGAAUAUAUCAUAGCAAAGAAAACUGCUUCUAACAAACUUAACUAGUGAGCAAAAGGUCUGAGAGAAGAUAUACAAAAAUUCACUUACUUCAAAGAUGGGAAAACUCUGACUGCAAAAUUGAUGAUGAUUUGUUUACUAGAAAUUACAAGUAUAGAUACUUUUUUUCUUUUUUUAUCAUACAUUUAACAAUUUUAAAAUAUUUCCAGCUUUCAUAGUAAUUUUCUGUGUUAAAUAAUGAAUAAAGUAUUACUUUAUUACAUUAUUAUGACCUCUUACAGCUCAUGUAUGACAUGUAUUUCCAACACAUCUGUAGAACCUCCAACAGGACAUUAUUUCUUUAACAGGGGGGAUAUUGUAACGUCAUAAAAUAAAAACCUGCUGUGGUGUUAACCAUUGUAUCGUUGCAUAUAUGUAUUUGUUAGGAUUUUGAAAUCCAGAAUUUUAUAGAUUUAUUGUUAUAUUUUUUGUUAUAAAGAGAAAAAUAUUUAUUAUGUCAUUGUUGAUAUCUCAUAAAUCAUAACCAAGUAAAACUGUGAUAAAAAUAAUUUAAAUGCUG